CACAGUACACGCAAUCUUUUCCCGUCAAGUGGGGACGCGUGUCGACAAGUAGGGCCACAUGAAACGCGCCAACCGGUGGCCUAUAUAUACAUGCCUUUCCCCAGCACCGGCGAAGGUAGUCGUGUGGCCUACGCUUUCGCCCGUCUCGUUGGUCUAAUCUGAUACAGAGCGAGAGAGAGCGAUCGAGUGUUCUCGCAUGGAUCCCUACAAGUUCCGCCCCUCGAGCAACUACAACUCGCCCUUCUGGACCACCAACUCUGGGGCACCCGUUUGGAACAACAACGCCUCUAUCACCGUUGGAUCCCGAGGACCUAUUCUCCUCGAAGACUAUCAUCUCGUGGAAAAGAUUGCUCAGUUUGACCGAGAGCGCAUUCCGGAACGUGUUGUCCAUGCCAGAGGAGCUAGCGCCAAAGGCUUCUUUGAGGUCACUCACGAUGUCUCUCGCCUAACAUGUGCUGAUUUCCUUCGUGCUCCAGGGGUGCAGACCCCAGUCAUUGUUCGCUUUUCAACUGUCAUUCAUGAGCGUGGGAGUCCUGAAACAUUGAGAGAUCCCCGAGGUUUUGCAGUGAAAUUCUACACUAGAGAGGGUAACUUCGAUAUGGUGGGAAACAAUUUCCCAGUGUUUUUUGUCCGUGAUGGGAUGAAGUUCCCUGACAUGGUCCAUGCUCUCAAACCCAACCCCAAGUCCCACAUUCAGGAGAACUGGAGGAUCCUUGACUUCUUCUCGCACCACCCGGAGAGCUUGCACAUGUUCACUUUUCUCUUUGAUGACAUUGGUGUUCCUUUGAACUACCGUCACAUGGAUGGCUCUGGUGUCCAUACUUUCACGCUCAUCAGCAGGGAAGGGAAAGCUACCUACGUUAAGUUCCACUGGAGACCUACAUGUGGAGUCAAGAGUUUGCUGGAGGAAGAGGCUGUGAUUGUAGGAGGCAAUAACCACAGCCAUGCCACCCAGGAUCUCUAUGACUCCAUCGCUGCUGGGAACUAUCCAGAGUGGAAGCUAUUCAUCCAGACCAUGGACCCUGAUCACGAGGAUAGGUUCGAUUUUGACCCACUUGAUGUCACCAAGACAUGGCCGGAAGACAUCUUUCCUCUUCAGCCGGUUGGGCGCAUGGUCCUGAAUAAGAACAUCGACAACUUCUUCGGAGAAAACGAGCAGCUUGCCUUCUGCCCCGCACUUGUGGUUCCUGGAGUCUAUUACUCGGAUGAUAAGCUUCUUCAGACCAGAAUCUUCUCCUACUCUGAUACCCAGAGGCACCGUCUCGGACCCAACUAUCUGAUGCUUCCGGUGAAUGCUCCCAAGUGUGCUCAUCACAACAACCACUAUGAUGGGUUCAUGAACUUCAUGCACAGGGACGAAGAGGUGGAUUACUUCCCAUCAAGGUACGAUCCUGUUCGACAUGCCGAGAGGUUCCCAAUUCCAACCCGUGUUCUUACCGGCAAACGUGAGAAAUGCAUGAUUAGCAAGGAGAACAACUUCAAGCAGCCUGGAGAGAGAUACCGCUCUUUCUCUCCUGACAGGCAAGAGCGCUUCAUCCGCAGAUGGGUGGAGGCUCUAUCUGACCCCAAGGUCACCCAUGAGAUACGCAGUAUCUGGAUCUCUUAUUGGUCUCAGUGUGACAAGUCUCUUAGUCAGAAGCUGGCAACUCGUCUCAGUGUUAAACCAAGCAUGUAAAACUGGUUUCUUAUGGUCAAAGAUGAGAGAGAGAGAGAGAGAGAGAGAGAGAGUUGUGAUGGAUCCAAAAGAGACCGGUAAUUAUGCCAUAUUUCAUAUCAAAUGCAUCUGGAUACAUUAUGCAAACUUUUGUAUGAAUAAUGUAUAAGAAGUUUUCCCAAAAACUGACGAUUGUAUCAUACUAAGUACAUUUAAAUACAUUAUGGAAGUUGAUGUUGUAAUUCUA